GCCACAGUUGAUGUAGCGAGGGAAGUUGGGUUGGCAGAGCGGCUCAUCAAGAUGCAAUGUGGGAAUUCCAUCAAGAGUUACAUCCACAGACAGAAGCAGGCGGGGUGAACGCUCACCCUUUAUAACAGGCAGGGCAGGUCUGCUCGGGUACCGCUGCCCACAGCAUCUUCAACACAGAGCAUCCUGCUGUUCUUCACUGAGGAUAGUAGACUGAAGACUACUUGUGUAUGAGCAUCAUGGAAACCCCGUGUGAAGUAGAGAAAGGCCGCAUCAACUGCCGUAUUGCUCGGAAUAACAGAUCUAACGCUGAACUGGAGGAAUACGAAAUGCUGCAAGCCAGACCCAGAGGCGUUCAGCCUGCAGAAGAUCCUUCUGCACUCAGUGUAGUUGAUGUGAAAAUGUACAACGAUCUGAAUAAGGCGGACCACCAUACGGAGAAGUACGACAAUCCAAACCUGAUUGUGCGCCGUGGGCAAGAGUUCACCAUUGGCAUUGUUUUCAGACGCCCGUACAAUCCUCAGACGGACAACGUCGCUCUGGAGUUCGUGAUCGGCAGUAACCCCUCUCCCACCAAAUACACCCUGAUCACUGUGAGCCUUGGUAAGUCCGAUCAGCCAAGCUCCUGGAAAGGUCGUAUUUUGGAGACCGGGGACAAUGAGACCAAGGUUGGCAUCACUCCAGCUGCGGACAGCAUCAUUGGCCUGUUCAGCACUUAUGUGACAAUCAUAACAGAGGUAAUGAAGAAACGCACCAAAAGAACUUCACAGACUGACUUCUACGUGCUCUUCAAUCCAUGGUCCCCCUCGGAUCAGGUUUUCAUGGCCAAUGAGAAUGAGAGACAGGAGUUUGUGCUGAAUGAUGCAGGGGUCAUCUACAGCGGAGUGAUUAAUAAUCUAGUAAAACGACCAUGGAGCUAUGGCCAGUUUAAGCAUGGAGUUUUGGAUGCUUGCCUCUUUGUUCUGGAUUUUGGGGGUAUGCCCCUCCAGUACAGAGGAGAUGUUACAAAACUGAUCCGGACGGCCUCAGCCAUGAUUAACUCGCAGGAUGAUGACGGGGUUCUGGUGGGUAACUGGAGUGAAAAUUUCAGUCUUGGCACUGCACCCACUGCUUGGACAGGCAGUGCAGAAAUCCUGCUCAGUUAUGCUGUGCAAGGUGGUGUGCCUGUCAAGUUUGGCCAGUGCUGGGUAUUUGCUGGCACCUUUAACACUCUGCUCCGCUGUCUUGGAAUCCCUGCGAGGGUCAUCACCAACUACAGCUCAGCUCACGACAACAUGGGCGACCUGAGGACUGAUAUCAUACUGGAUGAGGAUGGGCGCGUGGACGAUAACCUCACAGUGGACUCUAUCUGGAACUUCCACUGCUGGAACGAGGUGUUCAUGCAGAGGUCUGAUAUACCUGCAGUAUAUUCAGGCUGGCAGGUGGUGGAUGCCACUCCUCAGGAAACCAGUGAUGGUUAUUACCGCUGUGGUCCAACACCUGUCAAAGCCAUCAAAGAGGGAGAGCUGAGCUACCAGUUUGAUGCUUCUUUUGUGUUUGCAGAGGUGAACAGUGACGUGGUCUUCUACAAACAGGACAGAUACGGACGCACCAGACUGGUCAGUACCAACACCACCUACGUGGGCCAGCUCAUUGUGACAAAAUCAGUUGGUUCCACUGAGCCGGAGUACAUCACGGAUAAUUAUAAAUACCCUGAGGGCAGCCCUGAAGAUCAGACAACCAUGAAACGGGCUACAGCUCUAGGCAUGAGGAGAUUUCGAACCACACAGCCGGACCCUGACGUCCUGCUCCAGCUCCAAGCCAGCCAACAGAACAACUACAACAUCAGCUUGAUCUUCCUCUUCACAAACCUGAGCAAGGAGACACGCACCAUCAACCUAGCCCUGACUGGCAAGGUAGACUUCUACACUGGAUCCACAAGGUCUGUCUUCAAGUUUUUCACCCAGAGCGUGACGCUGGAUCCUUUACAGGCCAAGCAAGGCACCCUCAUCGUUACAGCUGAUGAGUAUAGGGCUUUUGUCCAGGGCCAGCCAUUCCUGUCCUUCGUUAUGUACGGUCUAAUUAAGGAAACAUCCAUGUAUGUCACUGACAUGGAAGUGAUCCAUCUUGAUGUCCCUCCACUGUCUGUUGAGGUGAGUGGAGAACUUAAGGUUGGAGAGGACAUGUUCGUGACGGUGAAGUUCACAAACACGACUGACACUGACCUGAAUGAUGUGACCCUGCGGAUGGAAGGAACUGGCCUGCUGCCGGUGAAGGUGAAAACGUACAGUCAGAUUAGUAAGGGCUCUACAGUGAAGUGGAUCGAGUCGGUCACUCCUCAGCUGCCCGGGCCGAAGUUGCUGUUGGCCUGCCUCGACUGCACCUUCAUCAGGAAUCUGUGUGGUCAGGUGGAUGUCUUCAUAAACCCUGAUUCCCAAGACGACUGAGCCAACAGUGUACGAAACAGGAAGAUGAUCCGGAUUGUGAUUCUAUUUUUGGUAAAAGGAAAGAGAGACAGAGGGGGGAGGGGGAGUGUGAGAAAUAGAGCUCUUUACAAAAGUAUUUUCUUUCAUUUUUGCUUUGCUGAUGCAGUUAUAUAGAUUUAAAAUAGAACUUAAAACUUAGUUUCUGUUUUUCUGUUCAAUCAAAACCAAAAUAUCUGUCAAAUAACUACAUAAUUUUUUAUGAGUUUUUAAACUAAAUUACUUUUAAUUUACUAAAAUGUUCAUUCUUAACAUGCUGUGAUUUUUAUAAACUGAUUUUCUUUUCAGCAAUGCUACUAUGCUGUUCUGCAAUGCAUACUAACAAUAAAUAUCAUUCAUAAAGCAUUA